AUGGCCGAGAAUGCUGACAGUACAUCUGCAGUGGAUGCCUUUGGCUCAACUUCUGCACCUGUUGUGCGAGAAAGGUCACGCCGAGAUUUCAAGUUUUGGCUAGUAUUCCUUGCCAUUGGCAUUGCAACUCUCACUACCGCACUCGAAUUGUCAGCAGUGUCAACAGCAUUGCCCACCAUUGUGGAAGAGUUGCAUGGAUCCACCUUUGUGUGGGUGGGUUCUGCAUACGCCUUGGCUGCGACAGCAUUUAUUCCGAUUAGUGGAGGAUUUGCACAGAUUCUAGGCCGAAGAGUCGUCAUGUUGGGGGCGUUGAUCAUUAUGAUAAUAGGGAGCAUCUUAUGUGGAGCCGCUAAGAGUAUGAACUUUUUGAUUGCUGGCCGCACUGUACAGGGAAUCGGAGGCGGUGGGGUUGCAUCGAUAACCGCUAUCAUCAUUUCCGACCUCGUGCCCCUCAAAGAACGGGGCGUGUUCAAUGGGCUUAUUGGAAUUGCCUGGGCCAUAGCGAGUGGCUCUGGCCCCAUUAUUGGUGGUGCGCUCGCACAGUCUGGACAGUGGAGAUGGCUCUUCUAUCUGAAUGCUCCUAUUUGCGGAGCUUCUGGGAUCCUCAUUUUCUUCUUCUUGAGGGUCCGCACGCCUCCAGGUUCCUUAUGGGAGAAGUUCAACCAAGUAGACUGGAUUGGCAACUGGAUCGUAAUGGCAUCCACAACUGCAUGCGUCAUCGCAUUGACGUGGAGUGGCGUUCAAUAUUCCUGGAGUUCCACCGCCGUACUCGUUCCGCUCAUCAUCGGCCUUGUCGGCUUGAUUGGCUUCAUAGCAUAUGAGGCGACGGUGUCGAAAAAACCCCUUGUUCCAUUCAUCCUCAUGUCCACGAUCACAGGCGUCAGUGGAUAUCUACAGACCUUUCUUAUGCCCAUAGUCAUGCUCGGAAUCAUCUACUAUAUGCCAACGUACUUUCAGGCAUGCAAAGGCCUCUCCCCAAUUGGUGCCGGUGUUGAUCAAUUUGCGGUGGCGCUCGUGCUCGCCCCUUCUGGCAUCAUUGCGGGAGUGACUGUCAGGAGGUACCAAAGUUAUCGCCCGCAGCUGUGGAUCUCCUGGGUCCUCCUUACGCUCGGAACGGGCCUGCUGAUCCUCCUGCGAGAGGAUACAUCUCGAGCACACGCGAUCGGCUACCUGGUUUUCUGCGGAAUCGGCCUUGGCAUUCUUACGACAACCACAUACUUCCCUGUCCUCGCACCAUUGCCAAUAUCCCAGAAUGCGCUAGCGUUGGCAUUCUUCAUGUUUUUACGCAACUUCGCGCAGGUAUGGGGCAUCACUAUAGGUGGUGCGGUGCUGCAAAAUCAACUGCACAAGAAUAUGCCGUCCGAAUUCCUAGCACAAUUCCCGCAGGGGUCAUCGAUUGCAUACGCAACCAUCCCGCUCAUCUCACAGCUUCCGGAACCUCUCAGAACAGAGGUGCGCGUAGCAUUCGCGGUUAGCUUGAAGGUCGUUUGGGAGGUGAUGACCGGGAUAGCCGGACUAGGGUUGCUGUCUAGUCUGCUCAUGAAAGGGCUCCCGUUGCAUGACAGCGUGAACGAGGAGUGGGACUUGGAUGAUGUGAAGGAUAAAGAUCAUGAGCGGAGUUCCACAGUGCAUGAUGCUUCAGACUAG